AUGGCAGCUUUCAACCUCACCCUCUCUGACCCUUCAACAUUCAUCCUAAUGGGCAUCCCUGGCCUGGAGGCUGCUCACAUCUGGAUUUCCAUCCCUUUCUCUAUGUCCUAUAUUAUCGGUCUGUUGGGAAAUUUCACAGUUCUCUUUGUUGUAUACAAAGAGCAGACCCUGCACAAGCCGAUGUACCUGCUGCUCUGCAUGCUGGCGCUCACAGACAUCGGCAUGUCUACCUCCAUCGUGCCAAAGGCACUGUGUAUAUUUUGGUUCAAUUUGAAAGGCAUUACUGUGAGUGGCUGCCUCACCCAGAUGUUCUUCCUUCAUGCAGUUUCUGUUAUGAAGUCAGCUGUCCUUGUGACAAUGGCCUUUGAUCGCUACGUUGCCAUAUGUAGCCCUCUGAGAUAUGCCACAAUUCUCACCAACGCACGAGUAGCUAAGCUAGGGCUAGUGGGUUUGAUAAGAGCUGUUCUCUAUGCUCUGCCCAUGCCCCUGCUCCUGAGGAAGCUACCAUUCUGUGCCAACCACAUUAUCCCCCACACGUACUGCGAGCACAUAGCUGUAGCGAAGAUAUCAUGUGGGGACAUCACAGUCAACAGGAUGUACGGCUUAGUCUUAGGAUUUGUAUUCAUCGGGUUAGACCUGACGCUCAUUGCCCUGUCCUAUGGUCUGAUCAUCAGGGCUGUCCUCAGAAUCUCCUCCACAGAAGCCCACCAGAAAGCCCUCAGCACCUGCACAGCCCACAUCUGUGUGAUUCUGAUGUCGUAUGCUUCCAAUCUCUUCUCUAACCUAACCCACCGAUUUGGUCAGGGAAUUGCUCCCCAUGUUCACAUCAUCUUGGCCAACCUCUAUUUCUUUGUCCCCCCCAUGCUCAACCCUAUCAUUUAUGGGGUCAAAACCCAAGAGCUUCGUGAGAAAUUGGGCAAAUACACUUGCAGAAGGUGA